CGAGUCACCUGGGCCGGGGCCGGGCUGGUCGGGAUUGGCCCGCGUGGGGAGCGAGGCGAGCGGGGGCGUCCGCGAGUGGGGCUGCGACAGGCUCCCAACUCCUGCUCUGGCGGCGGCGCGGGGACCUGGGAACACGCUGGAGAGCGGAGCGGGCGCACCCAGGGUGGUCUCUGCGCGGGGGAGGAGUGGACGCCGCUUCCGCAGACUUCUCGGAGCCCCCAGCCCCUCCCCACCUGCCCGGGAGCCUCGGGGGGAUCCGGGGACGCCGGCCCGCCUUCCCCCCAAGGGCCCUCCGAGAGGCUGCCCAGAAGGAAGAGGGGAAAAGAAGCCAACCGCUAACUGUACCGCUCCAGAGACCCCCCGCCCCGCCCUGGCCACUGCUCCAGCGGGGCCCCUCCCGGGCAGGCAGCGCGGCCAGGGGCUCCUGUGCGGGCUGGAACUUUUCUGAGGGGCAGAAAGUGGCUGCAAAGCUGCCAAGGGGCGUCCUAUCCACCCCCACUUCCCUGCUCCCCGCUCCCCCGCCUCCCGUCUGCUGUCCCGGGGCAGGUCCGGGCCUGCUUCCUUCUCGCCUGCUGAGGCCUGGUCGCUGAGAGCAGCCCCCCAGGAGUGGAGUGGAAGCGCUGCUGGCGGGCAGCGCCGUCGGGGGUCUGCAUCUGCGCAGGCCGGGCCAUCUUGCCCUUCAGCCAGGGGGUCUCAUAGACCCCAGUCCCUUCUCUGGGGUGUCCCAGCUGGGAGGGGCGGGGAGGGUGGCGGGAAGGCUCGCUCUUUGUAGCCCCGUGGCAGGGGAUGAGUGCGGGAAUGGCCCUUCGGGCGGGAGCCUUUGCCCCGGGUGGUGGAGACUGACCACGUGCCUCCUGCCCUGCAGAUGAGCCCCGCUAGGGCCGCCCCGCGCUGAGAGCCCAGCCCUGCCGCCCGCCCGCCCGCCCGCGCCAUGUCUCAGAUGCUGCACAUCGAGAUCCCCAAUUUCGGGAACACCGUGCUGGGCUGCCUGAACGAGCAGCGCCUGCUGGGCCUCUACUGCGAUGUGUCCAUCGUGGUCAAGGGCCAGGCCUUCAAGGCCCACCGCGCGGUGCUGGCCGCCAGCAGCCUCUACUUCCGCGACCUGUUCAGUGGCAACAGCAAGAGCGCCUUCGAGCUGCCCGGCUCCGUGCCACCCGCCUGCUUCCAGCAGAUCCUGUCCUUCUGCUACACGGGCAGGCUCACCAUGACGGCCAGCGAGCAGCUCGUGGUCAUGUACACGGCCGGCUUCCUGCAGAUCCAGCACAUCGUGGAGCGCGGCACCGACCUCAUGUUCAAGGUGAGCUCGCCCCACUGCGACUCGCAGACCGCCGUGAUCGAGGACGCCGGCUCCGAACCCCAGAGUCCCUGCAACCAGCUGCAGCCGGCCGCCGCCGCCGCCGCCCCCUACGUCGUGUCCCCCUCGGUGCCCAUCCCGCUGCUGACCCGCGUCAAGCAUGAAGCCAUGGAGCUGCCGCCGGCUGCCGGCCCAGGCCUGGCACCUAAGCGCCCGCUGGAGACGGGGCCCAGGGACGGUGUGGCGGUGGCCUCGGGGGCCGCGGUCGCGGCAGGCGCAGCCCCUCUCAAACUGCCCCGAGUCUCCUACUAUGGGGUGCCCAGCCUGGCCACCCUCAUCCCCGGCAUCCAGCAGGUGCCCUACCCCCAGGGGGAGCGGACCAGUCCGGGCGCCAGCAGCCUGCCCACCACUGACAGCCCCACCUCGUACCACAACGAGGACGACGAGGAGGAUGAUGAGGCCUAUGACACCAUGGUGGAGGAGCAGUACGGCCAGAUGUACAUCAAGGCCUCCGGCAGCUACGCAGUGCAAGAGAAGCCUGAGCCAGUGCCCCUGGAGAGCCGCUCCUGCGUCCUCAUCCGCCGCGACCUCGUGGCCCUGCCUGCCAGCCUCAUCAGCCAGAUUGGAUACCGCUGCCACCCCAAGCUCUACUCAGAGGGGGACCCCGGUGAGAAGCUGGAGCUGGUGGCAGGCUCUGGGGUCUACAUCACACGCGGCCAGCUGAUGAACUGCCACCUCUGCGCGGGGGUGAAGCACAAGGUCUUGCUGCGGAGGCUUCUGGCCACCUUCUUUGACAGGAACACCCUGGCCAACAGCUGUGGGACCGGCAUCCGCUCGUCCACCAGCGACCCCAGCCGGAAGCCACUGGACAGCCGGGUCCUGAACGCUGUGAAACUGUACUGUCAGAACUUCGCCCCCAGCUUCAAGGAGAGUGAGAUGAAUGUGAUCGCCGCGGACAUGUGCACCAACGCCCGCCGCGUUCGCAAGCGCUGGCUGCCCAAGAUCAAGUCCAUGCUGCCGGAGGGCGUGGAGAUGUACCGCACGGUCAUGGGCUCCUCGGCCGCCAGCGCGCCCCUCGACCCCGAGUUCCCGCCCGCCACCACGGCACAGGUGUUCGAGCAGCGCAUCUAUGCCGAGCGGCGGGGCGACGCCGCCACCAUCGUGGCUCUGAGAACUGACGCCGUGAAUGUUGACCUGAGUGCCGCCGCCAACCCUGCCUUCGACGCCGGCGAGGAGGUGGACGGGGCUGGCUCGGUCAUCCAGGAGGUGGCUGCCUCCGAGCCUCUGCCCGCCGGCGGCCAGAGCCCCCCACAGCCCUUCGAGCAGGGUGGGGGCAGCCCCAGCAGGCCCCAGACGCCGGCGGCCGUGGCCCGGAGGCCGGAGGGCACCUAUGCAGGGACUCUGUAAGCGGAGCUGGGUGGCUGCGCAAGGGACCGCGUACUAGAGCUGCUUGCAUGCGAUACUAAUACAAACAAAUGUGAUCAAGCCACUUACCUACUGAACUGCUACUGUUGCCUGAGAAAAAUGUGAUUUUUAUUCUGCUUGUAUUUAAAAUUGAUGAAGGAAACAAAUGCAUUCAUUAUACUGUAAACAAUUAGGCCACUGGCAGCCUCCUGCGAGGAAGGGCCAGGGCUCCCUUUUGAUAUUCACAAGGUCAGUCUCCAAGUGUAGCUUCCCUCCCCCUUCUUGGGGAGGGCCGGCGGCCGCCAGGCCCCUGGUGCCCAGCCCUGCCCCUUCCUCCCCGCCCUUCCUGCUCCUUCUGCCCGGAAGAUGAAGCAGGGGCCGGCGGCGGCCUAUGGUAUGGGGGCUGGGCGGUGCGUCACUGACCCUUGCUUCCUGACCCAUGGAACCCCUCUGGGGCGGCAGGGCAGGGCUCAGGCGCCAGGGCCCUAACUCCUCGUUUUUCCUUCUUUCUGAGACUCGGGGCCAGGCCCACAGGGCCCUCCACCUGUGUGGGGUGUGUGCACGAGUGUGUGUGUGUGUGCGUGUGCGCGUGUGCAGGGGGCGUGGUGAGGGGGCGGUGAUGGCUGUGGCCACCCCUCAGGGGUGGAGAAAAGGGUACUUUAUUCUGCCCCCACGCCCCGUCCUUGUUCUGCCCAAUCCCUCUUGGCUCUGCAGCCCCUCGGUCCCCGGACCCCCAGGGCACCACUGACCCCGCCUGGCCUCCCACGGUCCCACCCGUGGGACGUGCACAGCUGAUGUAGCCACGCCGCCCUCUGCCGCCUCAGCCACUUUGGGAUUAUGCUUGUCUUGUUUUUUUAGGUUUUGUUGUAACCUAGAUCUAUUUCACAUAUGGUUUAGAAACUUUCAGACUCAAUAGAGCAAAAACUUUGGGUGGGAUGGGUGUCACUGUCCCCAGCCACCAUGGCUUGGGGCGGAUCAUCUGUGGCCGUCAGGGCGCAUCCCCUUGCCUCCCCCACCUGGGGCUGGGGACCACUCGUCUCCCACUGGGGGGAAAGGGGGUCCCGGAUGGGUUACCAGUAUGUGUGGAGCUGAGCUCAGGGCCAGGCCUGGGGAGGGGGUUCCAGUCGGGCAAGAGAUGGCGGCUAGGGCUAGGCCAGGAUGCGAGUGGUCCUUCUGGUGCUGGGCUCCCCAUCUGCCUUUUGGGGUGUUCGCCAAUGGAGGGUGCCUGAGGCUGCAGGCGGGGGUGACCAGGACAGGCCUGGGCUGGGGCAGUUGCAGGUGUGGGCACUGGUAGGGGACAGUGGGUUGGGGCUGCAUGCUGGGGGCCAGGGACAGUGGAGGAAGGGCCCAUGGAAGAUGGGGCUGGUUGGUUUGAGGCUGGAGUGCUUCCUUUGAAAUUUAAUUAUUGUUUUUUAAACGGUGGGGGCCCCAGCCUGUGUGAAGUGCUGGUGUGGCCACCUGCCCAGGUGCCUCUCCCUUUUGUUUUAGGGGCCGUGCCCUUGUCCGGGGGCAGCCUUCCUUCCUAGGUGUGGCCAGAGGAACCCCCCAUCCCAAGACUUGAAAGGUCUGUUGCUCACCUCUGUCCCUCCGGAUCGCAGUUUCCUCAUCUGCUCACGCAAAACCAGCACAGCCCUGCGCCCGGCAGCCGUGUGCACACAGGCUGGCGAGUGGUGGCCAAGCCUCGAACCCCACUUCCCCACUGCUGCAACCCAUAAAGUGGAGGCCGUCCCCCAGGGGAGGAACAUGUGCUGUGCCCUGGCCUGGGGACUUUCAGGGUGUGGGUGAAGCACAUUCCCACUGGGCGGCUCCUUUCUGCCACGCAGCCCACCCCAUGGCUUGUCCUGGGGGACCUCUGGUGGGGCUGCCUCUACAGACUGCACUCGGGCUCCGGGCUUCCUCCAGCCAGGCCCAGCACGUGCCUGCCCUCCAGUAAAAUAUGUUGCUUUCCAGAAGGAGGUAAGGGACCAUGGGCAGGCACUGUGGAUGCCAACCUCGGCCCCGCCACCUGUUCCUCAGGGCCCACAUCCAGGGCCCACAACCACGGCCUGCGUUUCUAGGACUGGAGGUGGCUCAGCAGUGCUGAACUCAGAAACACCCAGCCUGGAGGGAGCCUCUCUCUGCCUCUUCCUCCCCUGUCUUGGGCCCGGGGGGGGGGUUGGAGCCCCCAUGGGGCCCCCUGGGAACCUGGACCAGGCUUUGCUCAGAGCUGGGAGGAGGCCACGGGGUGGUGCAGGGGCGGGUAGGUGAGGGUGAGCUGCCCUGAGUUCUGUCUGGAGUUUCCUUCAUCUGCCCCACACCCAAAUUUGCACUUUAAUUUGACCAUCCUGGGGGCCUGGCACUGCUGACAGAAGGGCUGUCUCUGUCCUCCACUCCAGAGUGGGUGCCCCCCACCCUUGGCCAGGACAGGGAGGGAGCCGCUGGCCGCCGCCAGAGGACUCCUGACCUCGGCUCAGGCCUGCACAAUGUCCUGGGGCCCCUGCCUCGCUGGUUUGUCAUCGCCGUCUGUUGUUUUCUGGGUAAGGAAGGCAAGAGCUAUAGGGAAAACGUACAUAAUAAUUUAAUGUGAAUGGGUUCUGAGCUCUCCCUGUGCCCCGGGCGGGUCAGGCCGAGCAUUUUGCACUAAUGUGUCCCACGGCGGACGUGAGUCAGGAGUGUUUGUGGACGUGCAUGGCUGCUGAGCGGACCUGCUGUUCGCUCCCUCCUUGUCCUGAAUGUACCGUGGGGUGGGGGGGGGCGGCAGCCGGGCUCGGAGGGGCCUUCCAGAGUGCCUUAGCAUCCUUUGAUCAUUUUUCCCAAGGAAACCAAUUAAGAAAGCCGGACCCUUCCCUUCUUUGUUUACAAGAUGACUAAUUCCAGAAUCCGGGGUUGUCCCGUCCUGUGAGUGUGACCGUGACUCAUCCAGACCCUGUAGAGAGGCGAGCCAUCAGUAUUUAUGAGAUGUCCGCACCUUUAUCCCCAAGCCUGACUAUUAGCAAUACGCAUAUCCUAUAGAGAAUCUAUUACAGAGCUACGUUAUCUCUGCGCCUUCUGAGGAGGACAGAAGGGACUGGACCGUGUCGGGGCUGCCGUGUGGCGGGUGGUGGGCCUGGGAUCCAGCGCCUCUCCCGCCCUGCCCGGCCCUUCCCUCCUCUCCCCAAGGAGACAGGCCCAGGAGGCAGCUGGCUCGCAUGCAGAGGUCCAGGAGGGACCGGAGGUGUGACAGAUACUGUGAGCCUGGCAGGCCAUGCCUGGCUGGGCGCCUCGGUACUUGAAUUCUGUCUCGUUUUCAGCACUGUGUCUGCCCACCCGAGUUCUCUGUCGUCACUUAACUUUGCAUUGGAUUUGGUUGUCGUACUUUGCCCCUGAAUGUGGACGAAGCUGUGGGUGAGAGGCUGGCAGGACCCGCCUGGGUGUCCUGGUGUUCGCAGGUCGGGGCUCCUAGAAGGGAGGAGCCGGCUGCCUGGCCUCCUGUUUCCUCCAGGAAGAGUCGUUCUGUGGCAUUUGUGUUUGGAGCCAGGAGGAAGGCGGAAGGUAGGGACAGAGAGCUGGUCAGCCCUCGGGGCUGGCUCCUCGGAGGGGACGCUAGUGUGCCUGACCCUGACCUGUCCUCAUUAGACAGCCGGAACUGCAAGCCCAUUCCCUGCCCCACCCAGCCAUGUGUACUGCCUGGGUUCCCCUCAGAAGGGUGAUUUUUAUGGAAACAUCUUGGCUGCAAGUGGAAAAGUCUAUGGCCCUUGAACCAACUGAAAACUCCAAGAAACCUCUGUUUGCCUCUGCCGGCAGCCAGUCCCAAACUCAGACGUGAGAGCGCAUAGCUGUCCCCAGCUGUACCUACUGUUUCAGAAUGUUGCUGCUGCAUAAAUUUGUCAUUAUGUCAGCCAGCCGGCUCCGUGUGUGAGUGCGUGCGUGUGUGUGCGCGUGUGUGAGCGUGCGUGCAUCACUGCACCGGAGCACUUAGGGGUUGGUACUAGAUGUUUCUAAAAUGGCAAAGGUUUUUUGUUUGUUUGUUUUGUUUCUUUGGAAGAAGAAAAGGAAAGGAAAAUUAUGCAGAAUCUAAAGCAUUCAGAUUGGACGACCUGCUUGUGUUCUGAUCAAUCGCUUCCCUUGUUAGCGUUUUGCACAUGAUUGUGAUUUUUAUGUCAAAAGAAGCCAAAACUCGCAAUACUAUUUUUAGCAGACAAAAAAAAAAAAAAAAGAACUAAGUAUAAAAUGUAUAAAUAUUUUUGACUUGAACAUUUGGAUGGCCUGGGGUGCGAGUAGAAUAUCCAUCCUUCGGACGGAAUGUUUGGAAAAAGACUUAAAAAGGAGACGGUUGUUUGAAAGAGUGUGUUUAGAGAUUAAAGUACUGUAACUCACGACUGUUAAAAAUAAAUUUUCCUGUGCUGUCAAGGAAGGUUUCACAGUACCACUGAGUUAGAUUUCAGCCGCAGAAGAUGCUUCGCUUUUUUUUUGUCUUUUUUUAAGGAGGAAGCCUGUGUUUCGUUUUCCUGAGCCCUCGCUCUCUUUUUUGUGCUGUUACUCGGUAGAGUCAAGACUGUUACUUUUUAGCCAUGGCUGACAUUGUAUCAAUAACUAAAACGGAAACAUCCAAAAGCCACCAGGGAAACCGAGGGCUUCAAGCGCGCUCAGAGCCGUUUCAGACAGUGGAAAUCCAUGACAGGCAAACAAAAGGAUGUGAUCAUUAAUUGUAAAGCGCUUUGUAAAAUUCACAUUUACAAAAUAAUAAAGUCAGUUCAAACCU